AUGCCACACCCGUCGAGGCGCCUUCUGAUCUUUCAGGAGGCGCGUAAUCCGCAAAGUCCAUCCGAGAUUGUGUAUCUACCUGUCAAUAAACUGGGGCUACCGAUUUGCGGUGAUGGCCCGGAAAUGCCUUCCAUGUUGGAGCUGCCGUUGCGGAUCCUGAAAGCGUUCACGGAUAUUUUCAAUCAGCCGAAGUACAAGGGCUGGGCGUUGGCGCCCAAGCUAUUAUUUCUUUUCGAGAAAGACAAUGACCGAUAUUGGCUGUCGGACGCUACGGGUCUCCCGAUAGCAGAUGGCUGUCCUCUGCUCGAUCUGACAGAUAAAGAAUUAGUUUAUGAGACAGAGCUGCUGAUGAUGGUCACUAGUGCCAUGGAAGCGAAGUUGAUGCCCACAAAUUACAACUACCUUGCUAGCUAUAAGAUUGCUGAAACCUACUACGUGUUGCUUGAGGAACGCCUUGAUGGAGGACGAUUUCCGGCUAUAUCACCCGCAUCUAACUCAGCGACUCUCGAGGAUGGCGAUUCCGUAGGUUCGGACGAUGAAACGCCCACAACACGUUAUCCGCCAUCCUACAGUCUCUCGGACGGUGAGGAUAAAGAUUGUGCCGGUAGUGAAAUCGUGGCUCCCUCUCAGAUCACCACCAACCCCAGUACUUCUAGCGAUGGUGGCAUCUUGACUCCCUCUCAAAGCACCGCCACCACCAGAGCUUUCAGCCCUGUCGACGUCAACAAGAGCGAUGAUCCCAAACGAGACGAAUUUACCGUUAGUGACUCUAACGGCCGUUCAAAAGCCAAAAAGCCAGCCCCCAGUACUGGGAGUUCGUCCAAAAACCCCGAUGUUGCUACCGACUACGACUCCGAUAGGAAUAGCGAACCUAUAAAUAAUGGCCACAGAUGCCAUCAUCCAGUUUCGACAGACAAAGUACCACCACGCCAGGACCCUCAUCAGGCUGCGACCGAUCUGAUCUCGCAAAUUAGUCGUUCAGGCCUAAAAUGGGGGGCGGUGGGCCGUUCCGGUUAUAUUGAGUUCGAUAUCAACAAGGCGCCUAUCCCAAAACUUGUCCCGGUCAACCCUGAUACGGAGAAUCCAAGCAGACCAGACGCACAAUCCAACAGCAAUCGUUCUACCCCAUCAACGACUCGCAAGCCUCUCCCUCAGCCUCUAGCAACUGAUGGCCUGUCUAUUCCGCGUGAUAAGCCUUAUUGGACCGAGUUUGGUUUGCAUUGGCCCCCCCGUGAUGGGCCACUCUACAUGCCCCCUUUAGACCCCAAUGACCCUUAUAAAGUACCGGAUACACCGCUAGAAGUAAACUGGACUCCUCUUUGA